UUUCCUUACUUUGUUGAUGAAUUACCAAAAAGAAAACGGCCGUCCCUCACUUAUAGAAAAGCAAUCAAUAAGUUGUUAGUCCUUAAGUUAGCACUUGAAGAACUUCACUAUCAAUAUUAAUGUGCAAGUUAAUCCCCCAACGCUUGAUAUAUUAAGCUGUUCGUUACUGCUUGCAUGUUUGUCGCUGUUCGGCCUCUGUUGGAGUAAGUAACAUCGAUCAGUACCCUCAGCUAUGUACAUGUUUGUGUUUGAGGUAGUUACAGUCUACAUUAUAUGUAGCCACGCCACAUGUAAAGGCGAGGAGGUGUUCCUUACCAGAGUGGUGCCAUCCUCGCUGGUAUGUGAUUCUCUGUGUGCAUACACAACGAGGUGUGGCUCCUACACCUGGGAUGCUGUCACAAGAAGCUGCCACCUGCACACACAAGGUGACACAGGGACAGAGACGAUGCCCCUUGCAAAGUAUUGGAAAGAGUCUCAGGGGAUGGUUUGUCGCGGGCGUCCGUGUAAAGAGAACGAGGUUUGUGUGCCAGUUGAAGCAGGGACUAACUACGUGUGUGUGGCAUCAACAGCCGCCACUACCACAACCACUACUACCACACCGUCAACGACGCCAUCUGCUACCACUACCACCAACACGACUCCACAACAGACCACAACCACCAGGACUCCACCACCGACCACUACCACCACGACUCCAUCACCUCCAACUACCACCACGACUCCACCACCUCACUCCACCACCACGACUCAAUCACCUACCACUACCACCACGAUUCCACCACCUCCCACUACCACCACGACUCCAUCACCUACCACUACCACCACGGCUCCAUCACCUUCCAUUACUACCACGAUUCCAUCACCAGCCACGACCACCACGACUCCAACAUCUCCCGUUACCACCACGACUCCACCACCUACCACUACCACCACGACUCAACCACCCCUCGUUACCACCACGACUCCAUCACCAGCCACUACCACCACGACUCCAUCGCCUACCACAACCACACCCACGACUCUACCAACUACGACUACUACCACGACAUGUCCUGCCACUGUUAAUCAGGCAAAUGUUCCAUACACAUACGUUGGGUGUUACGCCGAUGACUGGCGUCGUGUACUUCCAUACGGCAAAAUUGGGGACAGAAGAUGCCUGACAACUGAAACAUGCAAGCUUCACUGCCACGGAAUGAACUACAUUUACUUUGGAACUGAGGCAGGAUUUGAAUGCUUCUGUGGUGAUGUCAUCAAAGGUGGGUACAUGAAGAAACCCGACAGUGAAUGCAACGCCCCAUGUACUGGUGACAGAAGCACGAUGUGUGGGUGGCACUGGAGGAUUUCCAUCUAUAAGAUUGUCUAGUGUACAACAGCUGUUCUAAUUGGUCACUUGUUCCGUGCCAUGCAGGAUGUAUGCAAUCAACACUUAAACUAAUGGGUCGCAUAACUACUGCGGGCCAUGAUACAUGGAAAUAAAUACCUACACAAUGGAAAUGUACAUCACUACUUACUGGUGUUUUAUUUUAUUACCCCUUCACAUUUCUGAAUAAAAAAUGUGACCUC